AGCGGCUUACUAUCGUUUUUGCCAAUAUCAAUUGCAAACAUGAAUAAAUUAUGUUCGUGUAAGUACAGGAAAUUAAAUUUGAGAACAAUAUUUUUUAUAAAUUACGAAAAGAAUUAAGAUUAUUUUUUAGUAAGAUUAUUUAAAGUAAAAUUAUUAUGCCGACUGUACUAUUGCAUCUAUACAGUUUAAUAAGGCAAUGAAUGAAAUAUAGGGGCAUUCAGUCGCGAAACAAUCUGGAUGCCAGUAGUCAGUGUAUUAUGCUGUGUUGUGUAGUGCACACUGCUCACGAUGUUAGUGUAUGGCUUGGUGGUGGCUGCGCUUCUCCUGUGCGUUGUCCAUGUGUUGAUCAACUACAGCAAGAAGGCGCGCAUGAUGCGCAAGAUCCCGGGCCCUAAGGAGACCUUCCUCAUCGGAAAUGCCCUGGACAUUAUCGUUUCGCCAGUGGAAUUAUUUGCAUUGGGCAGAAAGUACGCGAAUACCUGGAAAAACCUGUAUAGAUUCUGGGCUUACCCCUUGUCGGCAGUCAACAUUUAUAAUCCAGAGGAUAUUGAGGUCAUCAUAUCGACAAUGAAGUAUAAUGAAAAAAGUCAAGUGUAUUCUUUUCUAAAGCCAUGGCUCCAAGACGGCUUACUUUUAAGUCACGGAGCAAAAUGGCAACAACGUCGCAAAAUCCUGACUCCGGCGUUUCACUUCAACAUCUUGCGGGAGUUCUACGUGGUGCUGGAGGAGAACAGCGACCGGCUGGUGAGCAGGCUGGAGCGGCAUGUUGGAGAGGAGCUGGACGUGGUUCCGGUCAUGUCGGAGUUCACGCUCAACUCCAUUUGCGAAACUGCAAUGGGAACUCAGCUUAGUGAAGAAACCAGUCUAUCGGCAAAACGUUACAAAGGAGCCAUACUCGCUCUAGUAACAGUCGUUUUUGAAAGAUUCAUCAAAAUGCCUUAUUACUUUGAUACAAUCUUUAACCUAUCGCCUUUAGGAAAACAGCAGCAAAAGUACAUCGAUACCAUUCGUGAUUUCACUAAAAAAGUUAUCCAUAGUAGAAAGUUGUAUUGGGAAAAAAACAAAUUCGAUAUAAAUAAUUUCACUGAAGAAGGAUCUCAGGAUUUAUUUAUGAAUAAAAGAAGAAAGAAAACAGCCAUGUUGGAUUUACUCAUAGCAGCCGAAAAAGAGGGCUUGAUUGAUGAAACUGGGAUUCAAGAAGAGGUAGACACUUUUAUGUUUGAGGGUCACGACACCACCGCGUCUGGCUUGACAUUUUGUCUGAUGCUGCUUGCAAACAAUAAGGAUAAACAGGACAAAAUCGUACAAGAACUACACGAAAUAUUCGGCCAGUCCCUUCGCUCUGCGACUAUCGACGACCUAUCCAAAAUGAAGUACCUGGAAUGCUGCAUCAAGGAGUCCUUGCGUCUGUACCCUCCAGUGCAUUUCAUUAGUCGGAACUUAAAUGAAACAGUCCAAUUAAGUAACUACACAGUUCCGCCAGGAACACUAUGCCACAUCCACGUGUACGAUCUCCAUCGGCGUGGAGACUUGUACAAAGAUCCCGAGAAGUUCGACCCUGACCGCUUCUCACCAGAGAACUGCAUCGGCCGACAUCCCUACGCUUACAUACCCUUCAGUGCAGGCCCCAGGAAUUGCAUAGGUCAAAAAUUCGCCAUGCUCGAAAUGAAAUUAGUCGUGUCUGCACUUUUACGGGAAUAUCAGCUAUAUCCCGUGACGACACCUGCCGACAUCAAGAUCUCAGCAGACCUCGUGUUGAGGAACUCAGGGCCAGUUUCAGUAAGAUUCGAAAAAAGAAGUAAAAACAAUAAUUAUUUGUUGUAAUAUUUAGAGUGAGUUUCACCAGUAAACUUUGACGCUAACUUUAACCUGCGCGUCACCACCACCCCGCCGCGCCACGUCGUCGUUCACAUAAAAUUACGUUUUUCUGUACAGGUUAAGUUAAUGUCUAAGUUGACUUGAGCAAUGCACCCUUAGUUUUGUAUAAAACUAGCUAGAACAGAAAUGGAAGGGAAAUUAUGUAAAGAAAAGUAGAACUUAUGUGCAAUUUUGUUAAACUUUAGAGACCACAUGAUGCCUAUACUGUAUUUAAUUAGAUGACAGAUAAUUAGAGACAUGUACUUGAGUACUUUUCAUGUCAAGUUUCAAAAUGACUGCGAACAAUUUAAUCAGAAAGGCAUAAUGAUAAUUUUUUUUCAAAAGGAAAUCUUUUUUUUAUGGCCAUCAAGCUGAAUUUUGGUAUUUUGUAUUAUAUUAAACUCGUUCUAAUGAAGUAUUUUUUUAUCAAGCUCUAAGUUUUAGUUUGCGAUUUAUUAAAGAAUUCUAAGCGCAAAAUAAAAUGUGUUCAAAAUCGAAAAAAGAUGUGUAAUCGUAAAUAUACAAAUAAAAUUUUAGUAAAUAAUAUAAAAAAACAAUUAAAAA